UAGUGUGGGCGCCAUGUCGCGGCGGAGGUGGCGAGGUUCGCAGAGCGGCGAAGGUGGCGGCGGCUCGGGACGCGGAGGGGACAUGGUGAAGAUGGCUGGCGGAGGAGGAGGAGGCGGCGGCGGCUCCGGCCGUUACUACGGGGGCGGCCCUGAAGGCGGGCGCGCCCCGAAGCGCCAGAAAACGGAGAACGCGGACCACGGGCCGGGGGGAGCGGCCGGUGGCGGGGAGAACUAUGAUGAUCCUCACAAGCCAGCUGCAUCUCCUGUGGUCCACAUCAGGGGUCUGAUUGAUGGCGUGGUGGAAGCUGAUCUGGUGGAGGCCUUGCAAGAAUUUGGCCCAAUCAGCUAUGUGGUGGUGAUGCCCAAAAAGAGACAGGCUCUAGUAGAGUUUGAGGACAUACUCGGAGCGUGCAAUGCUGUGAAUUACGCAGCGGACAAUCAGAUCUACAUUGCUGGGCAUCCGGCCUUUGUCAACUAUUCUACCAGCCAGAAGAUCUCACGGCCCGGUGACUCGGAUGAUUCUCGAGGAGUAAACAACGUCUUGCUCUUCACCAUUCUGAACCCCAUCUACUCCAUUACCACGGAUGUCCUGUAUACCAUUUGCAAUCCGUGUGGUCCAGUUCAGCGCAUCGUUAUCUUUAGAAAAAAUGGGGUCCAAGCUAUGGUGGAAUUUGACUCUGUGCAAAGCGCUCAGAGAGCAAAAGCUUCUUUGAACGGGGCCGACAUUUACUCCGGCUGCUGUACUCUGAAGAUUGAAUACGCCAAGCCCACGCGCUUGAACGUCUUCAAGAAUGACCAGGACACCUGGGAUUACACCAACCCGAACCUCAGCGGGCAAGGGGAGCCGGGCGGGAAUCCGAACAAGCGCCAGAGGCAGCCUCCUCUCCUUGGAGACCACCCUGCUGAAUACGGAGGGCCUCACGGGGGCUACCACAGCCACUACCACGACGAAGGCUACGGCCCUCCUCCUCCUCAUUACGAAGGGAGGCGGAUGGGUCCGCCCGUGGGAGGCCGUCACCGAGGACCCAGCCGCUACGGGCCUCAGUACGGGCACCCCCCGCCACCGCCGCCCCCUCCGGAGUACGGCCCCCACGCCGACAGCCCCGUGUUGAUGGUCUACGGCCUGGACCAGUCUAAGAUGAACUGCGACCGUGUUUUCAACGUCUUCUGCCUCUACGGAAACGUGGAGAAGGUGAAGUUCAUGAAAAGCAAGCCUGGGGCAGCCAUGGUGGAGAUGGCAGACGGCUACGCGGUGGACCGAGCCAUCACCCACCUCAACAACAACUUCAUGUUUGACCAGAAGCUGAAUGUGUGCGUGUCAAAGCAACAGGCCAUCAUGCCUGGCCAGUCCUACGGUCUUGAGGACGGUUCCUGCAGCUACAAAGAUUUCAGCGGCUCCCGGAACAAUCGGUUCUCCACCCCGGAGCAAGCCGCCAAGAACCGUAUCCAGCAUCCCAGCAACGUGCUCCAUUUCUUCAACGCACCUCUGGAAGUGACGGAAGAUAACUUCUACGAGAUUUGCGAUGAGCUGGGCGUAAAGAGACCGGCUUCUGUCAAGGUGUUUUCAGGAAAGAGUGAACGGAGCUCGUCGGGACUGCUGGAGUGGGAAACCAAAGGGGACGCGCUGGAGACGCUGGCUUUCCUCAACCAUUAUCAGAUGAAAAACCCAAAUGGGCCAUACCCCUACACACUCAAACUCUGCUUCUCAACCGCCCAGCACGCUUCCUAAUUGCUCUUCGGUUCCCGACCAAGAAGACUGCUCCGUUAUCUUUCUUGUGUGUGGAUUUUUUUUUUUUUUUUGGGCAAAGCUCCCGUGUCCCCCUCCUUUUUUUUUUUUUAAACAAUAAAAAAAAGCUUAAUUAGAGGCUGCCUGCAGCUAGGUCAGCUGGGAAGAGAAGCCCCGUGGCAUUCUGAUGACAUCGAAUUUUAAAACGAUCAUACAUGUUGACAUGUUUUUUGCCCCCCAUUCAUACAAUGUGUGCUGCCUGUGCUAGUUGGCACAUUUAAUAAAGCUGUUUGGAAAAUAAAUUGUUGUAAAAACUGA